GAAAUAAAGACGCAACGGCGGCACAAGGAUUAAGGUGCUCGCUCCCGUCGAGCCGGCAAUGAGGGGAAAGUGGAGUCGAACCGGGGCCUCUCUGCCUUAAGAAACUUGGGGUAAAGGUACGGAUGGAGGACCAGACGGAGGAACUCGUUGCUCGGCCGCAUUGAAUCCCACAUUGGCAUCAGGAACCUGCGACUCAAUAUGGCAAUCCGGAGCAUGCUGCGUCCGCAAAGGACAACAACGUCGUUGGAGCUGUCAAUCUGGCCACAUGGAAGUCUGUUUAUAUGAGGAGGGCCGGGCAGAGUUAAUCGAGAGAUGAGUGAAGCAAAUACACACUGUUUCUUGUUCAUGUUCCUGUGUCAGUCUCUCAUCGCAUUCUUCAUCACUCAUCGGGGCAUCACCCUCACGAGAAACCACCUCAACUUUAAGCAAAAUCACACGAACCAACGACCACAAUGAAGUCCACAUCUCUUCCCCUCGCCGCCACCCUCCUCGCGACCGCCACCUCGGCCUUCCAGGUCGGCAAACCCCCCAUGCCCCAAGCAAAAACCACAAUGGCAGACAACUUUCCCUGGCGCGACCCCUUCACCUCCGCAACAACAGACGCCUACACCCCGACCUGCUCCUCGUCAAAGACCUUUUCCGCGACGCAGUACACCCUCCACGAUCUCUUUGACAAACCGCCGACGGGCCUCUUCCCCUGGGGUGAUGGGCUCAAGACCUUUUUCUCGGGCCGCGAGUACCCCGGCGGCUGGGCCGGCCUCGACCGCCACAUGUAUGAUCGUAAUGUUCUCAUGAUGGAGUACGCUGAUGUGCCGGUGCGCGUGCGGGAGUGGAUUGAGGAGGAGGAGCGGGCUGACGGUACCGGCAAGGGGCUGUUUGCUGUGUUUGAGAAGCCUGCUGGGGAGGGGGACAAGGUUACGGAGCGGGUUGAGAUUGCUGACGAGGUUGAUCGUGAGCUUGAUGGGGGGAGGGUUGCUAUUUUUGCGCCGGGGGCGUUGUAUCCUGUGCUUCCUCUGUUUGUUGCUGACGGUAGCGAUUGUGAGGCGACGCUCGCCGAUCUGGGCAGUUACCAGGCCGUGCCCAAGGAUGCCGCCGUCGUGGCGUGGCCCGUCAGCCACACCCGUCCCGAUACUGCCAAUGACAAGAGGGACAUUGAGUUCACCGUCAAGGCUCAGGUUCUCAAGACCAAGGAGGGAGCGUCGGAGGCUGAGGCUGCUGAGGAGGCAAAGGUGGCCGACGAGAAGACGAAGCCGUCUGAUGCGGCCAAGGAUGAGUUGUAAGAGGCUUGUGUUUUGCGGUGCAAGUGAAGGUGCGAAUGCAUGUACGAGUAGAUUCUUACCGCAGUCGCUUUUAUUGAUUACUAUUUUUUCGAUUACAUCUUGCCUUUGGGUUAAAUCAAGUGCUGACAGGAAGACUGUCCAUGUUCGUAGCGGCGUGUCAUAGCGGCUGUGCAUCGCCUCGUGGGUUGUGAUUGUCAAUCAAUAACCAUAGAAUCACGACUUCAUGUUAAAGCUUGAUACCGGCACUUCAAGCUGACAGGUCCCACAAGUCCUGACGGAGCUAGUGCGUGUAUGACCAUCAAC